UGGCUUUCAGAGGUAUCAGUCAUGGGACUGCUGCUGCCGAUCCUUCUUAGCUUACUUGCCGCUCUGAUUGGAGGGCUGUACCUUCUUGGGGUGUUCCGAAAGCAGCGACCAGGAGAACCCCCUUUGGAUAAGGGCCGCAUACCUUGGCUGGGUCAUGUCCUAGAGUUUCGCGGGAACACUUUGAAGUUCUUACAGAGGAUGGUGCAAAAGCACGGUGAUGUGUUCACAGUACAGCUCGGAGGGUUUUAUUUUACAUUCCUUCAGGACUCUCUAUCGUUUGGGUCCCUUGUUAAGGAGAGUCGUGACGUGUUGGACUUCAAUGACUUUGCUAAGGACCUUGUGAAAAAAGUGUUUGGCUACUACCCUCUAGAUGAAGAUCACGAAAUCCUUAAUGGGGCCAACAAGCACAUUAUGGGGGACGGACUGAAGGUGAUGACCCAAGCCAUGAUGAAUAAUUUGCAGAACCUGAUGUUGCACGAUGUCAACUCAGCUGAAGACCGAACAACCUGGAAGGAGGAUGAUCUCUUCAUGUACUGCUACAAUAUUGUUUUCAGAGCCGGGUACUUAUCUCUGUAUGGCAAUGAGCCACACAAGUCAGAGGAAUCUGAGAAGAAAGCCAAAGAGAUAGACAGAGCUGAAUCAGAAGCCUUAUUUUACGAAUUCCGUAAAUAUGAUAGACUCUUUCCCAACCUGGCUUAUGGGAUUUUAUCGCCCAAAAAAAGGCUUGAAGUUAAAAGGCUACAGGAAUACUUCUGGAACAUUCUGUCACUGCAGAAGAUAAAGACCAAAGAAAACAUCAGUCCCUGGGUGUGGGACAUGCAGCGGGCCAAAGAGGAGAGGGGUAUGGACGAGUCGAUGAUAACCAAGUACCUGUUUGUGCUUCUUUGGGCCUCUCAGGGCAACACAGGGCCAUCUUCAUUCUGGCUGCUCCUCUUCCUCAUGAAACACCCAGAGGCCAUGACCGCAGUGAAGCAAGAGGUAGAUCAGGUUCUGAAGGAAUUUGGGCAAGUAGCCCAACCUGGUGGCCCUUUAAUCAACCUGACCCGUGAAAUGCUGAUGAAAACGCCAAUCUUGGACAGCGCUGUUGAAGAAACCCUCCGACUCACCGCUGCACCGCUCCUCACCAGAGCAGUGCUUCAGGACAUGACCCUCAAAAUGGCUGAUGGUCGUGAAUAUUUCAUUCGCAAGGGUGACAGAAUGUCACUCUUUCCUUACAUUGCUGUUCACAUUGAUCCAGAGAUCCACCCUGACCCAUUUUCGUUCAAAUAUGACCGCUUCCUCAAUCCAGACGGGAGCAAGAAAACUGCUUUUUACAAAGCAGGGAAGAAGAUCAAGUAUUACAACAUGCCGUGGGGUGCUGGGGUCUCCAUGUGCCCUGGGCGUUUCUUUGCCACCAGUGAGUUGAAGCAGUUUGUUUUCCUCAUGUUGGUUUAUUUUGAGUUUGAACUGAAGAACCCAGAUGAGAAAAUACCAGAAAUCGACUUCAGUCGAUGGGGCUUUGGAUCAAUGCAACCCGACAGAAAUGUUCAGUUCCGAUACAGACUCAGAUACUGAACCAAUCAGUCAUCUGUUUUUUCUGAUCGUCUCUGUAAGAAUCACAUUACAAUAAUUCCCUCCAACUGCACUAUACACAAUGCACUGCUAUUUUCUAAAACUUCAAACAAGUUAUUCUGAAUACAAUAAUCAAUAUAAAAUGUAUAUAAUAUUCUGCAUAUAAAUCGAAUCGCAGUUCAAUCCAAUGAACCAAUAAUUGGUAACCAUUGUAUAAGCAAAUUCUGUUGAUUUAAAGAAUAUUGUGAAUAUUGUUUCUGCUUCUUUGCACAGCUGUUUAAAAAGUAUGAUAGAAUUACCAGUAUGCAAUGUUUCAUGUCCAGUGAUACACUUUGAAUUGUCAAUUUGUUCAUGUCUGUAUGAAUAAAUAAAGUAAAUAUGCCAUUGCUUUGAUUAAAUUUAACAUUAAUUCAUGUCUGUGAAACCUUUAAAGAGUCAUUUCAAGUCAAUCGAGAGAUAUUGUGUUAUCUAUGCUCUGUGUUUGGUAUGUGUGACACUUAAUCUGUCGAUCAAGAAAGGAGUCUGUUUUUAGGACAUGUACGUACGUGAAUUGAAUGUCACUGGACUGGUUUCGCCAAGGCAUAUCUGAUUAUGGAAGGUCCUCCUCCACUGCACCUGUAACUCUAUAAACAUGAUAAUAAAUUUGUUGAGCCUGGCAAAGACACAAAGGUAAUAUUCCUUGACUGGAUACAGUGGCCUUUAAACUAUAUUGUUUUAUCAUGUAUUUGCUUAACCAAUAUACCUAUGAUUGAUAUAUAACUGAUGAUGCCUUGUAACAUGUCAAUGUUUGAUAUUAAAUACAACCGUUUCUGUA